ACGAUUUGUGAUUCAGCUGAUCCACACAUUUUGAUUUUCUGCCGCUGGAAUUUUCUGUCGCCCUGUCGUGUGGUAGACAACGGGAAAAAUAGAGCAAACACCCAGAAAACGACAACACACGGACUGUGUGUUAAGCAACAUGACAACAGUGGCAGACGACGUCUCUAAUAUCCCGUCUAACAAAGACUUUUCGACACUACAGCCUAAUUUUGCUCUUUCUCCUAAAAGAAAGAAAGAUUUUGAAAAUGAUUUUGACACUGAUUGGAAACAGUCCAAUGAGGAGCUUGAGGUCAAUAUCAGAUUGGAUUUUCUGAGUAUGGGGGUCAAAGAGCCAGAUGACAUUGAUGUCACAUUCAGCGAUAAUGACGUUGUCAUAGGAUUUCCAAGUGGGAAGAAAUGGACCUGUGACUUCUGUCAUCCUGUGCUUGGAGAAAAGUGUAAAGUUCAAAUUAAAAAACACAAGGUCAUCCUCAAGGUUAAAAAGAGAGAACCAGGCAUUUGGAAAGAUUUAAUGGCCUCUCCUUUGGAAGCGUCUAAGUCUGACUUCAGUUGUGAUUCACCAGAUUCACCUUUGAGUUCCCCCUCAGGGUCCUCAGAACUGUUUGACCCCCUACGCAGUGUGACCUCUAUGUCUGUUAAUUCUCAAACAGAGGACACUGACAGUGGGGUUCAAACAGGGGACAGAGAAGGAGAAAAAGAUGAACCUGUUUAUGAUCUGAAUCAUGUAAAACAUGAUUAUAUAGAAAAGGAUUUCCUGUUCACGUUACAUGUGUAUGUUAAGGAAAUGAAGAAAGAUUAUGUUAAAGUUUUGUGUGAGCCCAGGAAUCUAACUGUCCAAUUUCAGACAUUAGAUCAGAAAUUUUUACAGUUACACCCAGGGACAACUGAUGAAACAACGUUUGUCUGGAAAGUCAACUUAAAAGGAGAGAUUUUACCAGACAAGUGUGUACAUCGGGUGACAGGAACUAUGCUAGAGGUCAAAAUGUUUAAAAUCAAGCAGGAACGAUGGAGUUCACUGGAGCCAAGUCAACACAAAGCUACAGCCACCACCGAUUCUACCACAGUGAGAUCUGAUGGAUGGAUUUCUACAGGUAAAAAUAAACCCCCCUCCACCACCACCACCACUAACACUGAAUCCCCCACCACGGGUCAGGUGUCAUUUGAUGAACUGGCAGAAGUGGGCGUGUCCAAGAAGUCAGAUGUUGAGAUGGAGAACAAAUCGUCAGAAAUGGGAGCCACUGGUGUCAGUAAAGAUACUUAUGUCCAGAAGCCUACUUGUAAAGUCUCACCUAUGAACAAGAACCUGAUGGAACAGUGUGUGCGGCCGGGAAUGACAGGGCUGGAUAAUCUGGGAAAUACCUGCUUCAUGAACAGCGUACUGCAAGCAUUAUCCAACACCACAGAAUUCAGGGAUUUCUUUCUACAAUCCAGGUACCAGAAUGACAUCAACACAGAUAACCCACUUGGAAUGGGAGGCAAGCUAGCUGUCUCGUAUGCAGUUCUACUUAAAAUGUUGUGGUCAGGCACCCACUAUUCUUAUGCUCCCUCCAAACUGAAGAGUUUAAUUGCACAGAAGGCCAGUCAAUUUAAUGGAUUUGCCCAGCAUGAUGCUCAGGAAUUCAUGGCUUUCUUUCUUGAUGGUCUUCAUGAGGACCUAAACAGGAUUAAGGAUAAGCCUUACACAGAAACAGUGGACUCGGAUGGGAGGCCAGAUGAGGUAGUAGCAGAUGAAGCAUGGGAAAUGUACAAGAAAAGAAAUGACUCCUUUAUUGUGGAUCUCUUUCAAGGGCAGUACAAGUCAAAACUCACCUGCCCUAUCUGCGGAAAGAUCUCUAUAACCUUUGACCCCUUUUUAUACCUGUCACUUCCUCUUCCUAAGAAGAAGCGCUUGUUACCUGUGAUAUUUAUGUGGAAGGAUCCUUAUAAGAAGCCAGUGCAACUGGUUCUGAGGCUGCCUAAGGAAUGUACGACAGAAGUCUUGAAAGAAGAGGCUUCAAAAAAGACAGGAGUGAAACCAUCAGCUAUGGGAGUAUAUGAAACAUACAAAGGGAAGAUCUACAAAUUUUAUGGGAAAGGUACAGAUCUGAGUGCAGUCCAAUCAAAUGACACAAUAUUAAUAUCUGAGGUUUUGACAGAAGACAUUGCUGGAGAACCUGUACACGAGAUAUACGUCGUUCAAAGAACAAUAAUGCCAAACCAGGUUCCCACGAGAUGUUCCUCUUGUCGUCGCCCGUGCCCCGAUGGCUCUAAACUUAAGAGGUGUACCAAGUGUUUUAAAGUGGGAUACUGUGACCACACAUGUCAGAAGAACCAUUGGAUGUUACAUAAGAACCAGUGUAACAUGAUCCCCGAGCCUGUGGGUUCUCCGUUCAUCGUCAGCAUUCCAGAGUCCAGGGCCACCUUCUCACGGCUCAGCACACUGAUGGAGGCCUAUGCCAGGUACUCAGUAGAUGUAUUCCAGCCCCCUGUCAAGACAGAACACAAGAUCCAUUCCUCAGGCAUGAGCAGUAGUAGUAGCCAAUCAAGUGGAAGCAUCAACAGUCUGGACAGCCAAUCAUCUUGUAGCAGUUCCUGUACCAUCACAGCAGAACAAGGACCCACAGAGGAUAAGGUGGAUUUUUUCAUCGGUGAUACAAACCUAUCUUUGGACCUGAGCGAGGGUAAUAUGAGCACGGACAACAGUUACUCCAGUCUGCAGAUGGGGAACGUGAGUGAUGGAUCCUCCACCAGUAUCGGCGCCAAGGCUGGGAGUAUCUCCUCCCUGGACUCGGCAGGUAGCGGGAGCGGAUCCCAGUCCUCUCCUGUAUCGGGGGACAUGGAUAUCAGUAGUGACUUGAGGGAGAGUCCAGAGGAUGGGGACCAGGGGAAUUCACCAGAGUCAGCCUCCUUCAAGACUCCCAAUCUACCAGAGUUUUCAUCUUUUAAGAUGCCUAAAACCAAUGAACAAGAUCAGUUUGGAAAAUCCUCUUCUGACAAUGAAACUGACUUAGAGAAGACCAAAACUGUUCCCACCAAGCAAGUCUUAGGCAUCAAGUCAGACGAGAUGGAGAGAUCAAAGCCCCUGUUUUACAUGAAACCUGUCAAUCAAGAUGGGGUGGGGAUCCGGGGACCUGAGGGGGAGAGGCUGGAGGAUUUAGGAGAUGAACCUCUAGAUCUUACUUAUAAACAGUUUCUCUCUAUUGACUGGAAGAAUCAUGAGAAAUUUGAUUCCUAUGUUUUGGUACAAACCAAAGAUAUGGAGUAUGAAGAAGAUCCAAGCAAUUCUUCUCCAUAUAAUGAAGAUUCAGGAAACAUUAAUAUCCAGCAGUGUAUGGACCUGUUUACAGAGCCUGAGAUCCUCAGCCCAGAGGAAGCCUGGUACUGUCCUUCAUGUAAGGAGCAUCGCGAGGCCACCAAACAAAUGUCUAUCUGGCGCCUCCCACACACCCUCAUCAUACAGCUAAAGAGGUUCUCCUUCAGAAACUUCAUCUGGAGGGACAAGAUCGAUAAAAUGGUGGAAUUCCCUGUCAGGGGACUGGACCUUUCUCCAUACACAAAGGUAGGGGGAGACAAGUCUCCCCCGGUGUAUGACCUGUACGCAGUGGUCAAUCACUACGGGGGGAUCCUGGGUGGACAUUACACCUCAUUUGUUAGGACACCUGACCCCAUGGAUCCAACCAAAAAUGAACUGGAUUGGAGAUUGUGUGAUGACAGUCGUGUAACGUACAUUGGUGGAGAGAAAAAUGUGGUGGUCAGAGGAGCUUAUCUCCUCUUCUACAGGAAAAGACAGCCCCUGGAACCACCCAGGCUUAUCUCCCCUAGCCCUGAAUUGGAGGACCAGAAUGGGAAUGCAAAUUUCGCCUCACUAGGAGCUAAGUCAGAUGAAAAUGAGGCUGAAAAAGAACCAUGUUACAUGAAGGACGAGAAUCUGAUUGACGAUGAAGUGGUGACCUCCAAUCUUGACAGUACAGAACCUGAUGACUUUGGUGAAGGGUCAGGUGUCGAUAACCUGCCUUAUCUCCCCUUAAUGAUGGAUCAUCGGUACCAGAGGAUGUACGGAGUGUCGGGAGAGGAUGAGGUGGAUAAGGAUUCCGGAUACAGCCAGAGCAGGGCCAGUCCCACGGAUGACCUUGGAUAUACCGACAUGGAGGCAGUGGACUGACCUUUUAAAUAAAGGUCAAUUCCUUUUCUAUGUUUUUACCCUUUUGUUUUUUUUUAGAUGUGUAUUUGCUUGUUAUGAAAAUCACAAGAUUGAGUGUUACAAUAAAUGUACAUGUAAUUUAUAUUAUUGUGUAAAUAUUGAAUGGAGAUGGAUUGUACUUUUUUUUUUAUCUUUUAAUCAGAUUGUUUGUACAGGAUGUGUGCCACUUUGAACUUAAAUAGAAAUAGUUUGCUUUUUUCUUUUUUUCUAUUUUUUUAAUCAGAGUGUGUUGUACAGGAUGUGUGAUACAGUACUUGAACUUAAGUGGAAAGAGUUUGCUUUCUUUCUGUCGAAGUUUGAUGUGUUUUUAAUCAUAACUGUAGACUGUCCACCCACUUGGUUGAAAAAAAAAAAUCUAUAUCUAAGCUUUA